CACCUCCAGACGAAUUCGUUGUGCGAUACACCAAUCGCCUCCACUACACACAUCUGGCUCUCCUUCAGAAGGGGUCCUGAUCAGCAUUUUGUUAGAUCUGGACGCCGUGUGUCUGUGCAAUUGGUGUGCGUAGUGGGCGAAAUUUCCCUAUAACAACUUUCCCCUCUGAUAAGGAAUUCGUUAUAAAGCCGUUCCUCAGCCCAAGUUGUGUCUCUCUGUCUCUUAAUCAAUUGUGCUUCUAAACGGACGCUCUGCAAGCAAAACAACUGUCAAUCUAGCUCAAGAGUAGACCUCCUACAACUAGCCUCAAGCAUAUCCAAUUACUGAAGUCGUCAUGGGCUACCUUUCAGCAGCUCGCUAUGGCAAGGACAACGUCCGCGUGUACAAGGUCGAGCGCGACGAGGCUACAAAGACACACACCGUAUACGAGAUGACUGUUUGUGUCCUGCUGGAAGGAGAGAUUGACACCUCCUACACCGAAGCAGACAACAGCGUCGUGGUCGCUACCGACUCGAUGAAGAAUACCACCUACAUCAUGGCCAAACAGAACCCUAUCCAUCCCCCGGAGCUCUUUGCUUCCACCCUAGGAAACCACUUCGUUCAAAAGUACAAGCACAUCCAUGCUGCGCACAUCAGCAUCGUCCAGCAUCGGUGGACGCGCAUGACGGUCGAUGGGAAGCCACACCCGCACUCCUUCUUCCGGGAUGGCAACGAAAAGAGAGUGGUGCAAGCAGACAUCUACGAGGGCAAGGGUAUCGAGAUCCGCUCCGGCAUCUCGGACCUGCUCGUGCUCAAGAGCACCGGCUCAGAAUUCCACCACUUUGUCCGGGACGACUUCACCACCCUGCCAGAUGUUUAUGACCGCAUCCUGAGCACGUCUGUAGACGCUGGUUGGAAGUGGUCGACUUUCUCUGGCCUCGACGCGGUCAAGAAAGCAGUGAGCAAAUUCGAUGAGACUUGGACCAAAUCCAGGGAGAUCACUUUCAGACUCUUUGCUACCGAGGAGUCUCCCAGCGUGCAAAACACCAUGUACAAGAUGUGCCAGGAGAUCCUCGCAGCACAGCCUCUUGUCGCUGCAGUCGAUUACUCACUGCCUAACAAACAUUACUUUGAAAUCGACCUGAGCUGGCAUCACGGGCUCAAAAACACCGGCAAGGACGCAGAAGUCUAUGCACCACAAUCCGACCCCAAUGGGCUGAUCAAGUGCACAGUUUCACGCGAUGUAAAGGCCAAGUUGUAAAUUGUAUUAUCGGAUACACCAUAUACCAAAUCACGAUCAUGACAAUGGUUGGAGUUCUCUGCCGGUUCAAUAGAAGGCGUCGCAAUAAACGUUCUGUGGCCAGGAUAAUGUACAAUCGUAUUCAUACAUCUUGCUAGAUUCCAUAAUUACAACAAAUGCUCCUUGCUCCGUC